GCGGCCGCGUGCGCCCGCCAAAGCGUUCCGGGCGGGAACGGGGGCGGCGCAACGUUCCGGGCGGCGGCGGCUCCGCGGUUCCCCCGCACCCCCCGUCCGCCCGUCCCGCCGCUCCGGGAGCCUCGGCCGGGGCCGCAGCGCCAUGGAGCCGCGCACAGGCUGACGCCGGGAGGACCCGCGAGCCAUGGACAUCGUGCUGUCCGACUUCGUGCGCUCCACGGGGGCCGAGCCGGGCCUGGCCAGGGACCUGCUGGAAGGCAAGAACUGGGACCUGAGCGCGGCGCUGAGCGACUUCGAGCAGCUGCGGCAGGGCCCGGGGGGGCGGCCCCCGCGCCCCGGCGAGCCCCGCGCCUGCAGGGCGCCCGAGCAGGAGGCGCCGAGCGCGGCGCGGCCGCCGCUGCAGCGCCAGGAUGACGCCGUGCAGGAAAAGCGCCUGUCGCGCGGCAUCUCCCACGCCAGCUCCGCCAUCGUGUCGCUGGCCCGCUCGCACGUCUCCAGCAACGGCGGCAGCGAGCACCUGCUGGAGAUGCCCGUCUGCACCUUCCAGCUGCCCGACCUCACCGUCUACAGCGAGGAGUUCCGCAGCUUCAUCGAGCGGGACCUCAUCGAGCAGUCCAUGCUGGUGGCGCUCGAGCAGGCUGGUCGUCUGAACUGGUGGGCGAACGUGGAUCCCAGUUGCCAGAGGCUUCUCCCGCUGGCCACCACGGGCGAUGGGAACUGCCUGCUCCACGCCGCCUCCCUGGGUAUGUGGGGGUUCCACGACCGAGACCUCAUGCUGCGCAAGUCCCUGCACACGCUGAUGGACAAAGGCGCCGAGCGGGAGGCCCUGAAGCGCCGCUGGCGCUGGCAGCAGACGCAGCAGAACAAGGAGUCUGGGCUGGUUUACACGGAGGACGAGUGGCAGAAGGAGUGGAACGAGCUGAUCAAGCUGGCGUCCAGCGAGCCCCGCGUGCACUACGGCCCCAACGGCAGCGCCUGCGCCGGCGUGGAGAGCUCGGAAGAGCCGGUGUACGAGAGCCUGGAGGAGUUCCACGUCUUCGUCCUCGCCCACGUGCUCAAGAGACCCAUCGUGGUGGUGGCCGACACGAUGCUGCGCGACUCGGGGGGAGAAGCCUUCGCCCCCAUUCCCUUCGGGGGGAUUUAUCUGCCCCUGGAAGUCCCGGCCAACAAAUGCCACCGCUCGCCCUUGGUGCUGGCCUACGACCAGGCGCACUUCUCUGCGCUGGUGUCCAUGGAGCAGAAGGAACCCGCCAAAGAGCAAGCCGUGAUCCCGCUGACGGACUCGGAGCACAAGCUGCUGCCCGUGCACUUCGCCGUGGACCCCGGCAGGGACUGGCACUGGGGCAGGGACGACGGCGACAACGUCAGGCUGGCCAGCGUGACGCUGUCGCUGGAGGCGAAGCUGCACUUGCUGCACAGCUACAUGAAUGUGAAGUGGAUCACGUUGCCUUGUGACACGCAGGCGCCGCUGGCGCAGCCGGAGUCUCCCACGGCCUCGGCGGGCGACGACGCUCGUUCGGCCGCGGAAUCGGGCGAGUCGGACAAGGAGUCGGUGUGCAGCAGCUCGGCCAGCAACGGCGGCCGCGCCGGCAGGGACCGCGAGAAGCCAAAGAAGGACCGGGACAAGGAGAAGGAGAAGGAGAAGGAGAAGGACAAGAAACGCGCGGACUCGGUCGCUAACAAGCUGGGCAGCUUUGGCAAGACUUUGGGAAGCAAAUUGAAAAAGAACAUGGGCGGCUUGAUGCACGGCAAGACUCUGAAGGGCGGCGUGAGCAACGGGCACGGAGACACCUUGGAGAAGAAGAAAAAGGGCUCCUUGAAGUCGAGGAAAGGCAGCAAAGAGGAGUCGUCCCAAGGAGACUUGGCGGCUCCCGCGGAGAAGACCUGCGCGGGGAAAGCGGCCCCCGAAAAGCCCUCGGACCCCCACAAAUACAGCAACGACGUGCGGCUGAGCCUGAGCAUCCUGCGCGCCGCCAUGCAGGGCGAGCGCAAGUUCAUCUUCGCCGGCCACCUCAAAACCAGCCACCGGCACCAGUACCAGGAGGAGAUGAUCCAGCGGUACCUCCUGGACGCCGAGGAACGCUUCCUGGCCGAGCAGAAGCAAAAAGAAGCCGAGAAAAAGGCUGCGGGCAGCACCGCCCCGGCCAAAAAGCCGGAGCCGGACGCCCACCGGGGCGAGGAGCUGCUGCUGGCCCCCGCGUACCCCCAGCCCCCCACCGCCUACACCAUCCACACGCCCGAUUUGGCUCUGAGCGCUAAAAUCGCGGCUUUUCCCUCGGGGUACUCGGGUGUUUUCACCUUCCCCAGACCCUCCGCGCUCGCCGAGGGGCCGCGCCCCCCCGCGUACCCGGACGGCCGGCGCCAGGUGGCGGGGGGCUCGUGCGCCAACCUCCCUCCCUACGCCACCUUACCCCGAAAUUGCGCCCAGACGCGGGCGAAUCCCCCCCAGACCAGCCCUUCCCACCCGGGGAGAUUCUCCCCCACGGACACGGCCGCUCGUCCCCCCGGCGCGGCGGAGAGCGACGGCUCCGCCUGCCUCCCCCCGCACAGCAACGGCCUCCGGGACCCCCCCGAGCACAGGGCGGCGGAACGAAGCCCGGCCCGGCUCCUGCCCAGCGUGCAGCAGACCAAAUGCAGGCAGCCGAACUGCGGGUUCUACGGGCACCCGGAAACGGGCAAUUUCUGCUCCUGCUGUUACAGAGAGGAGCUGAAACGCAAGGAGCGCGAGGCUCUGGUGCACAGGUUCUGAGCACCCCCUCUUGGACCCAUGGAAAAUGGGGAAUGCAAUAAUAUAUAAAUACACAUGUUAUUUUUUGUAACGCCCCCUCCGCGCUCCUCUCCCCGGAAGGAGCGAGCGGGUUUUUGGCCGGAGAAGAAGCCAAAGGGGAUUUUGCUGGCGGGCCGGAGGACGAGAGGGGACAAAGGGGGCGAGCGGGGGCGCUCAGCGUGGAAACUGGGGAAAAACCCUGCAAACGACCCACUAAAGCAGACCAAAGCGUUCGGAGGAGGGAGCAGCACCCACGGGUCCUUCCGGCGCCCGAACGGAGCGAAACGCCCCGGCCCCUCAGUCUGGACACCACACUCCUUGGGUGGAGAGGAUUUGGGCUUUUUAAACACCGUUUUUAUCUUCUGUUUCUUUUUGCCGGUACCGAGCGCGGCCCGGUUGGAACCGGAGGCGAUGGAGGGGUUUUGGUGGGCGGCUCUGCCCUUCCCGGCUCCGCUUCUGUUUUUCAAGCACUCGUUUCAGUUCUUCCUUGGGGUGGGGACGCUGCUCGGCUGCUUUUCAGGCGUGUUGUUUCUUUUCCUGCAGACGUACUGUGCAAAAAAACCCCCCGAGAACGUUUUGUUUGAACCCGACUUAGUAAGAACCGAGACUAAAAAACGCAAGGUCAGUGUGUCCAGCCAGCAAUAACCAUCGAGAGAGGGAAACGUUGCGUCUGGGAGGUAAAACCCCCCGCGAUAACUCUUUUCUACUUGAGCUACUCCUGUACUACCUCGAAUUAACUCGGCUCUGUUUUGCUGAGCCACGUUUAACUGACCUUUAGGCUGAGGAAUAUCCAAAAGCUUUUGUUUUUUUGAUAAUAGGGCUAAAAAAGAGCGAAAACGCCGAGGCAAACCCUUGAAAAGCGCAGCGGGAGCGGGUCGGCGCGGCCCCUCUCGCCCGGUGCAGCGCAGGUUUGACUUCAGCACCGCGAUGUUUGCACACAUCUUGGCUUUUUAAUCUUCUUUUUCCCCCUUUUUUCCAUAACCGCAGCUCCCACGCGGCUCCGACCCCGCGCGGCGCGACGGCCCCGGCGCUUCCGCACCCGCAUCCAGAGCUUCACCGCGCUCCUCGGGUUUCAUUUCCUUUUGAGUGUUGACUGUCCAGAAGGCACCAACUAUGCAACGACCGCCCUUGGCGGCGCGGGCGCGAGGCCGGGCGGGGGAGGCGACAAGAGCCCUUAGCGCCGGCAGAGCCGCCCGAAGCCUUAUCCUCAGCGCGCUGAGGCUUGGUCCAGCCGCCCUCUGCCCUGAUCCCCGCGUGCCGGGGACCUCGGAGAGGCGGCGGCUGCGCGGGGCCCUUGAACCCCAUUCCCGUGGGCAGCGGCUCCUCCGCGGGUUCUAAACCCCCCGCAACGGUUUGUUGGUUUGAAUUAAACAGCCGAGCUUAGCUAAGCCUGGCCUAAGGCUUUCCCAUCCAGCCGGGGCUUUCCUUUCAGGUCACAAACGCCAGACGGUGAGUCUUCCCCUCCAGCGGCGAUCAUUCCCCUUUAUUUCAGCCUGGGGGUGGUUCCCCGGCAGCUUCACCCCAAAUAUCCCGUUGAACCGUUUAAAAAAAAAAUCCCAAAAUUGUUGAAACGUGGGGGUGCUUGGUUCAUUUCACCCAUUUCUGCGGUUCGUUGUGCCCGGAAUCGCUUCGUUUCGCUUUAAGGUUUAAAAACGUUGACAGCGUUGUGCAAAAUACCGCUUCAAAGGGGGAAAUGGGGAAUAGUGGUGGCAGGUUCCCCGCUGGCGUCAAAAUGAUCCCAAAUUUCAGAUAAUCCCAAAUUUCAGAUCCCAGAUUCCAAAUCAUCUCAGAUCUCAGACUCCCCACAAUCUCCAGGGCCCGGAGCUGCUGGGAUUUUCCUCCUCCCGAGGGGAUUUUUGGGGGGGAACAACGAGUUUUUGCUCUUAUGGGUGAAUCGGGGCUCACCAAACUGGUUUAUAAAACAUCCAAAAGGAAAAACAAACAAACAAUUGAACUUCAGGCAGAGGCCGAAAACUCCUCCGAGUCUUUUGGCUCCAAACGCUGAAUUUUGCUGUUUUUUCGGGUCAGUUUUGGUUCCUUUAUGGUAAAACUGGUUUUUUCAAGCGACUCUUAAACCCCGGUUGUAUUUACUGGGACGUUCUCCCCCCGGCUCCCGAGCACCGAAUGGACGCCGAGCUCAGAACCCAAGUGCACUUAGUGGUGUUCGGUACGCGCGCCGGGCCCCGCCGGCGGUUUUAAGGGCAAAACCCAUGAAUUGAGCAUUUUAAUUCGUGAAUAUUGACCCUUUGGUGACGGAAGCUGGUGGGCAAAGCCCCCGCCAUGCUCCAUUUCAGCGACCAGAACUGACUCCACGACUGUUCUCUGCGCAACACAGGUCAUUUUAGUAUUGGUUUUAGUCUCGCUGGGCGUUAGGCGCACCCCGGGCACACCCCGUCCUCUCCUCACCCACAAUAAACCAAAACCCCGCUAACUCACCCCAAA